AUUCAAAUUUUCCAUUUGCGGAAGGAACUUCUAGUACUGCUCCUGGUCCAAUAAAUUUGAAUUAUAGCACGUCAGAAGGUAUUGGAAGCUCACGAAUUGGACCUGUUGUUUAAAAUAUAUACACAACGAAUUAUGUAAUAAACACCACUGAUCUCAAAUAUAGUUUGUAACCCUGGAUUUUUUUAGGAAUUCAAUUAAGUGAAGACGUCAUUUACCAUUAAAGUCGGUCCGCAUCUAAAAAAUAUUUUCGUUUCUGAGACCUUGGGAAAAUAUUUUUCAGUCCCGACCUUCCAACCAGUAAAUACAUAUACAUGCAGGUCAUGUGUAUUAUACAUUUAUUAUUCUUUUUAUUUUUAAGAUUCAAGUUCUUCAUUUUCGGAACGAACUAACACUAUUACUUCUGGAUUAGUAAACUUGGAUUAUACCAUGUCAGAAGGUAUGAAUAAGAUAUAUGUCUCAAAGUUUCUUCAGACGACUAUACCAAUUCUUUCAAAAUUUCCACUACGCUUACGGCAAAAAAAUUGCCAUCGUUGCACGUAUGCAUGCAGUGAUCCACGGCAUUUUACUCUCCAACUACGGCGAGUGCCGCGAUACAAUUCCAGUCCUGUAUAGGUGAUGUUACUCUGAGUCCACAGUGAGCAAACUGGAAAGUUUGCUUGUCCGCGGUGGGAAUACACCACAAGCAUCACGUUCGUCAUUAUAGGACAUAUACUAUAUGGUAUCGAAUUAAUUAAGGAACCAGAAUAAGUUACGAAAUGUCACUUACUCGAACCGACUUGACCUCGUAGCUCAGAGGUUGGCAGAGCCGUAGCUCAGUUAGUAUGUUGGAUUAUUCCCACCGCGGUCAAGCAGACGUUUUAGCUUGCCCUUGCAUGUACACACACACUCAGAGUAGUAUGUCUACCAUCACCUCAAAUGAAAUUGAUAUUUAAUAUUAGAUGAUCAUUCGUUAGCAUAAUCUUAUGACCAUCAUCAGGCCAUUUUAUUCAUCAUUGUAGUACCAUCUAAAAUUGCCUAUUUCUGUAUAUACCCAUAAUGUAAUAUUUUUUGGGUAAUUACCUCCGCCAGGAGGUUAUGUAAUCAUCUGGUUUGUAUGUGUGUGUGUGUGUAUGUGUGUGUGUAUGUGUGUGUGUUUGUCUGUGAGCACGAUAACUCAAGAAAUACCAAACAUAUUCAUACGAAAUUUUUUGAAUGCAUUUCCCAUCGGCUAAGGAAGAACUGAUUAAAAUUUGGUUGAAUUUGGUUAAAAAUUGAACGAGAAAUGAACAAAAUUUUGUCUUGCUUUUCCCGGUCAAUUAUAAAAAACUCACUGAAUGCGUAAUUAGGACGUGUGUAAUGUAUGCACGCAGUACUAAGAAGACAAUGAGAUGAUAAACCUCAUUAAGCUUCAGCCCUAAUUGUCUUAGUUGCAUUUCACACGACCGAAAUUUAAUGUGGGCGGAGGUAUGCAGUCUCUGAGUGCCCUCUAGUUUGAUCUUGUAAUGCCUCAAGUUUAUUUUAACCAUUUUCAAACACCAUUUGCCCCUUAUAUUUAUAAUACUGUUAUAUAGUUACAGUCUGCAGUCACAUACCUAACUUGUAUAUUUAAAUUCGCGCGGUAUUUGAAUUCGCGCAGAUCGUAAUAUAUAUACAACCAUCGUAGAACAAUUUCAAACAAUAUAUAAUAUUAAAGUAAGCUGGCUGGAUAUUAUUAUAUAAUUAGUUUAAUUACUUUUUAACAAUGAGUUUAAUGAUUAACAAAAAAUGCAUGGAUGUGUUGUGAAGUGUCAUAAGUCUUUUUUUAUACACGCAAAUUUGUAUUCUUCACAACUUUGAAUUGAUGCUCGUGGUAACUAUUUCAAAUGACUCAAGUGAUGUAAUAAUUGUCCCAUGCAAACCGUUUGUAAAGCGAAAUUUUUACGCAGGACGAAAUCGGAAAUUCCUAAAGGAAAUGCGAAGUUUCUUAAGGGGGGGGGGGGAUCUCCUGAUCGGGGGGCGAAUCUCCUAGGAAUUUUGCUUCCCGGGAGGAUGAAUCUCCUGGGGCGGCGAAAUUCCUGGGACACCGGGAUGAUAAACGUAGUACUUUUUCUGGAGUUAUGUAAAACAUUUGAUACGGUUGAUCACGGAAUUCUUCCAAGUUAUAAAUAAUCUAUCUAUGGAAUUCAAAACAAGGCCUUAGACUGGUUUAAAUCUUAUUUGAGUAAUAGAACGCAAUAGUGCAGGGUAAACAAUGCAACAUCGUCUACUCGGAAAAUACGUUGUGGGGGUUCCUAGGGGAUCAAACCUUGGUGGGGGCCAAGGGUGGGAAACAAACAGGAUUCCGUUGAAAUACCUUUCUUGGAAGAAAAUGGAUAAAUUAUUCAUGACCCGGCCAGAUUCCUGAACUUUUUAACUCACACUUCUCGAAUUUAGCCAAGACAAUGGCCGAUGCAGAUCAGAGUGAGAGUCUGUUUGAUUCCUACACUGUUGCCAAAUAUGUUAGAAACCGCAAACACCCUGACCAUAAAUUUAGUUUUUUACUAAUAACUACUAAGCAGACCAAAAGCUUAUAGAAGAUAUUCCUACAAGUUGGACGACUGGAGCAGAUGCAUGCUUUGAGUGCUCGACUACUAGAGGAGGCUGUUACCUGCAAUCCUUCCCUUCCUUAUCAAACUGAUUAAUUUGUGUAUCACUAGAGGCACCUUCCCUUCAGUAUGGAAAGAGGCAAGGGUCACACCUCUCUAUAAGUGUAACAGCAAAUCAGACAAAAACAAUUACCGGCCCAUUUCUGUCAAUUCUCUGUUACCAGUAUUAUCAAAAGUCAUUGAACGUCACCUGCAAUACAUAAUACUUUGUACGAUUUUCUCAGAAAUGACAACCUGCUCUGCAAUCUACAAUCUGGCUUUCGUAAACACCAUUCCACCGAAACGGCACUUAUUAACGUUGUUGGAAGAGUGCUUACUAAUUUGAACAACUGUAUGUAUAAAUGGUUUUAUUUGCGCUGAUUUAAGAAGACAUUUGAUCUGAAUGAUCACCAUGUGUUGACAGUAGUCUACAGUUGAUUCAAUUAUAUCUUACAUCGCGAAAGCAACUUACUGUAAUAAGAAAUAUCCAGGGAGAUGGAGUACCGUAGGGAUCAAGUGCUCGCCCUCUGUCUCUUAUUAUAUUUAUUAAUGACUUUCCCGAAGCUAUUAUAUCUUGGCCAACUAUUGUGGAUAUUUUUGCGGAUUAAAAAACUACCCUUAGUAGACCGCCGCGUUAUGAUCAGAAGCCAAAAUGCUAAGCGACUGGUCAUAAAGUAAAAGGGGGGUGGGCUGGGAAAAAUAGGGGGGGGUUACUAUUUUUGAGCAAGGUUGAAGGGGUGGGUCAUCGAAAGUUAAGUGCAAUCAUAAGGGUGGGCCAUGUAAAAAUAUGCGGAAAUUUUUUUAAGGGCAUGUGUAUUAAAAUUCAUAUUAUAAAAAUAAAAUGUAUCAGGAUCCAUGUGUAAAAUUUAUCCGCAAACCUCAAACUUAAAAGCUGAAUUUACUGUCUUGGCUAAUACGUUAGUAGUAGCUAACUAAUUUUCUGAUAACCAUUAUUGCUAAAUGUCACGAAUAUUGUGUAGAAUGUUUAUUAUGUAACAAAAUUAGUGUAAUUUCUACAACAGUGUAGUUAAAUCACAAUCCUCGUUAGCGGUUUGGCGUUAGCUGUAAAUGUCAAACUAAAGGUCUCAUGCAUAGUGCAGUAUGCAUGGCAAGUUCCAUGGAAAGAAAGACCUUUCUGUAUUUAAUCCACGGCCUCUUUUAACAUAUAGACUGGGGAAGACAUGCCCCUAGCCCUCUUGCUGGUCCCUCCACAGUCGGCAAUUCCCAGUGAGGUCCCCAAGAACUACCUGCAGUAGGUGGUCAACCAGCAAUUAUGUAUCAAAGUGAGAAAACAAUGUUAAGUUGUUAACAUUUCUGAAUUUUACCAUCAUUUACAGGUCUGUAACUAGCUAUGAGUCCACCAAAUCAGUUGACUCGGUAGGCCAGAAUGUGGGGACUGAAAUUUAAACAUCGCCAGAAACCUAAACCAUGACUGAAAUAAUUUGCUUGUGGAACAAGGCAUGAAAUGGCAUUUUAGGACGAAAUUUUAGUUUAGUUUUUCCGAGCAAAGAUACUCCAAAGAGACCCACCCGAUCUUGCUCUUCAGCGACACUGAGAAGACGAAUGCGUCAAUUUCAAGUACCCCAAUACAUGUAAUACAGUACUGUAGAAUUUGAAGUGUGGUGAAUGAUAAUACUAUACCACACACAUUUUAAUUACCGCAUCAUCACACCAUGUUGCCUUAUUGGGACUGGAUUGCAUUUGGGAGAUGUGAAAUUGCAGUAAUUGUGUCACUGUUUAUAAGGUUAAUUUCGUGUUAGAAAACUCCUCAAAAUGCAGGAAAUAGCUUAUCUGAGCUUCAAGAAAUCCAAAAUUUUCUGGGGGGGAGGGGGGGAAUUCUCCCAGACCCCUCUAGAAGCUCGCACCUUGAGUGGUCGACUCGGUUGUCUCAGAGUCCUAGUUACAGCCUGAUCUGCUGCCCUAUGAUGUAUACUUAUUAAUUAAACCAUGCAUAUAUAUGCUGGUAGCUGCAGUGAUACAGACUUGCCGACUGGAACUAUUAGUAUUGUAACACAGAAUUAUUUGGCAACAGAAAAAUAGAACGCUGGUAUCUUUGGCGUUUCUGAAAGGGUGGGUCAUAAUUUUUCAGCACCAAUUUAAGGAUGGGCCACAAAUUUUCGUGCAGCUAUUAAGGGGCGGGCUACCAAAAGUGCAGACACCAAAUGUAUGAUUUUUCUAGCCCCCCCCCCCCCCUUUUACUUUAUGAUCGGUCCCUAAAAAGGUCCUCUGCAACGACAGUGCACUCCUUGUUGAAAAUUGAUCCAAAGAAAAUUGUUUAUACACCUUAAUGCGAAAAAACAAAUCAUGCUCAUUUUUCUGAUAAAGAUAUUAGACUUAGUAAUGAAACUAAACUUGAACAAGUACCCUCGUAUAAAUUACUUGGUGUACUACUCAACCAGGGUUUAAGUUUCAAUUAACAAAUUGAUGUUGUGUGCAAAACGCUUGCCCAUGCAGAGAAUAGGUUUAUUGCGUUCAAUAAGAUAUUAUGUGCCGAAACAAGAGCGUCUUUUCCUAUAUAAUUCUAUCAACGAGCCCUUUGUUUUGUAGCCUAUUCAUGUAUAUAUGUAUAGGAUAAACACCGAGAAGGAGGGAUUUAUGUCAGAUAAUCACCCGAGGACGCGCAGCGUCCGAGGGCAUUAUCUGACAUGCAUAAAUCCCGACUUUCGAGGAUUUUCGAACGACGAUUUUCUGAAUUUUCUUUCAACUUUUCAGCUAAUUGAUAUUCAAGGUGAUUAUUAAAAAUAAUCACCUUGGUACAUGAAAGAAAACCGACUCAAACAAUAAUUAAGUAAAUUUAACUAAAGGAGAAAUUUCAAUAAUAAAACCUGCUAGACAUGUGAAAAUUCAGAAUUUCACAUAUGAAUUCCACACAUGAUUUGACGUGUAGCUGUGUGCAAACAUUGAGAACGUUUGCAGACGACUGUGCACUCUUACCACGUUUCGACAUAAGCAUUUUUUUGGUUAAAAUCUCUAAAACGUUUUCAAAAUAUCUUUUAUAUAAUUCAGGAAAUUGUAUCAUAUUGUGCCCCAAGUGUACAAUGUUAACAAAGUAUAUUUCAUAGUGUAUUAUGUAUUUUGGUUAAAAAAAGUCAGACACAUACAGUUUUAAUAUUUCUUCAUGUAAUAGAAUAAAUAUGUAUGAUCUUAAACGUGGGGAUUAUAUUUUUGUAUCAUGCGUUCAUUAUUAUUUUGUUUCAAGGAACGAAUAGUGCUACUCCUGGACAAUUAAAUUUGCAUCAGUAUACUACUUCAGAAGGUAGGCUACUAUAGCUAACUAAAGGUGUUUCGGACUUGUGGUAAAACCUGUAGAUUACAAAUCGAUCAUAUGUUAAAAUAUAUGGCUAUACGCAACAAAUUAAGUAACAAACACCACUGAUCUCAAAUACAGUGUGCAACGCUGGAAGUUUUUAGGAAUUUAAUUAAACACGUAUGUCGGUCCGUACUGAAAAAAUAUUUUUCCUCGUCCUUCGGUCUCGAGCCGCUUCUAAGAUCUUGGAAAAUAUUUCUCAGUACGGACCUCCCUGCAGCCGUUAAAUAACAUAUAUGUAUUAAUUAUUAUUUUUGUUUUUAAGAUUCAAAUUUUCUAUUUGCGGAAGGAACUUCUAGUACUGCUCCUGGUCAAAUAAAUUUGAAUUAUAGCACGUCAGAAGGUAUUGGAAGCUCACGAAUUGGACCUGUUGUUUAAAAUAUAUACACAACGAAUUAUGUAAUAAACACCACUGAUCUCAAAUAUAGUUUGUAACCCUGGAUUUUUUUAGGAAUUUAAUUAAGUGAAGACGUCAUUUGCCAUUAAAGUCGGUCCGCAUCUGGAAAAAAUAUUUUCGUUUCUGAGACCUUGGGAAAAUAUUUUUCAGUCCCGACCUUCCAACCAGUAAAUACAUAUACAUGCAGGUCAUGUGUAUUAUACAUUUAUUAUUCUUUUUAUUUUUAAGAUUCAAGUUCUUCAUUUUCGGAACGAACUAACAGUAUUACUUCUGGAUUAGUAAACUUGGAUUAUACCAUGUCAGAAGGUAUGAAUAAGAUAUAUGUCUCAAAGUUUCUUCAGACGACUAUACCAAUUCUUUCAAAAUUUCCACUACCCUUACGGCAAAAAAAUUGCCAUCGUUGCACGCAAGUUUAUAAUAUAAACCUCAAGUUUAUAAUGCCUCAAGUUUAUUUCAACCAUUUUCUAACACCAUUUGCCUCUUAUAUUUAUAAUACUGUUAUAUAGUUACAGUCUGCAGUCACAUACCUAACUUGUAUAUUUAAUUUGCGCGGUAUUUGAAUUCGCGCAGAUCGUAAUAUAUAUGCAACCAUCGUAGAACAAUUUCAAACAAUACCGUAUUUACUCGUUUGAGCGCCGCGCCGCUCUUUAAAUUUUCAGAGCUUCAGAUGCGGCGCUCAUUCGGGGGCGGCGUUCAAUCGAGUAAAUACGGUAUAUAAUAUUAAAGUAAGCUGACUGAAUAUUAUUAUAUAAUUAGUUUAAUGCAACGUACCUUCUUCGCUUUCCUUUUCACGCUCUCCAUAAUCUAACAGGCACAGUUUGUUGGGUUCUUUACAAUAAAAAUCUAAUGUCCUAAAUUUUUAGAUUCAAGCGAGAUAACAGAUAACAGGGCCAGAGAAAGCAGAUCCAGAUCGGGAAGCCCUCGCGAUCGGUCUCGCCCACACAGCCCUGACAGUGGAUGCAGUAACGAAUGCUUUACUAAUAAGUCUAAUUGAAAAUGGCAAAUUCUAUAUUGUACAUAGCAGUAUUCCUCAUUUCAGUACAUCUAUAUUGACGCAGCAUAUAAACCAACGAUAAACGUAUAAGGGGCUAGACAUUAAAAAGUGGCCACCCAUAAAAGAUGGUAUAUCGUGUUCUUUGUCACCGUAAGUAAAGAAAGUCUCAACAAGAGGUAUGUUUUUGAACUUACUUGUUUAGUAUUGUGUAUGUUUGAAUAAAAAUUGUGAUUUCAAGUCAAGAAUUAGAAAAAUACUUACGUUUAGAGAGUUUUUCCUUAAAAUUCAAGAUGGCGGACUUGAAUCAGAAAUAUGUCAAAAUUAUCAAAUUCUUCGCGUUACAAUGUUCUGAUAUUCCUAACUUAUAGUCACACACAAAAGUGAAAUGGCAUAAAGCUUCAAUAGCUAAUGUAAUUAUUUCAUGCAUGUGCGCAGUCGUAUCGUCACGAUACUGAAUGGCCACAGUUUAGUAAGGUAAGUAUUUUUUUUAUAAUAACGAAGGUGCGCUCCCCCAAACCACUAUUACCAAGCUGUGAUAUACUGGUAAAGCUAUAUUGCAAUCUUUCAAUUAACCUGGCUACCUGGGUUGUAAGCCAACGGUCAGAAAAGUUUGAUUUUGCUCUCCAAUGUGGGAAUUAGUCUAAAAGUUCUAUCACACGUGUGAAGACUUACAAACAUUUGCUGCAUCACAUCAGCUUGUUCCUCCUGAUUCAUUCAAACCUUUGGGCAGUUCAUUUCUGAAUGACUGAUGCAAAGUAAAAUCGCAUGAUAUGGAAAGUAUUCAACAAUAUUGGUAAAUUUCUGAUUCAAAUCACCCAUCUUGAAUUUUGAGUAAAAACUCUCUAAACAUAUCUAUUUUUGUGAUCUUUAACCAUCCGUAGCACCAGAGCACGAGAGGAAAUAGCCUGGGUACGAGGCUGAUAUUUAUACAUAUACACAAAAAUAAACAAGUAAGUUCAAAAACAUAACUUUUAUUAAGACUUUCUUUAUUUGUUGUGACAAAGAACUGCAGGAUAUACCUUUUUUAUUGGGGAGGGGGCACUCUUCAAUCUCAUAAACAGCGAGACAUGAAUAGUUACAGCCUGACCUUCCCUGACGAAUAGGAGCCGGCCAAACAAAUUUGCAUUUUUGCCCAUAAAUUCCCCGCAUGCGUGGUGGAAAGGUGGAGCCUGAUAAAAAUUGUUUGUCUAUAUACUUGUAGCAAGAUUUACAAGAUACAUGCACGUGUUAAGUCCGUUUUCCACUAGCGAUUUUUUUCGAGCAAAUAAACUUUUCUAUUGUUAAAGCCGAUUUUCCACUUGGUGAUUUUUUCGCGCGAAGCGACAGGCUUAGAGUUGAAUGGGCACUAAUUAGUUCCAACCGAUCGAUCACAAGAAAAAGUCGUUUCGCGCGAAAUAUCUAUCGAUGGUUAGUGGCAAAAAAUUAACUUUUAACGAUUCUAAAACAGAAUAUAUGAUGUUGGCUCUCGUCAUAAUCUGAGUGGAUUAAUGCAGAUCCGGCAAUUAAAAUUGGCGGCGAGUCUAUUAAUAGAGUUAAAACACGGUUAAUAGAAUUAGAUGGUUAGGCUAGCCGGCAAACUUCAAAGGGAGCGGCAAAUUAUGUCGAGAACCACUUUUAUUUGUGUCACGUGACGAGGAAAGGGGGUGUUUUGUGAUGAGUGAUUAGGAAAACAUAUGGGCGAGAACAUAAUAUGCCAACAAAAGAUCAUAUUUCAAAACGCUACAGGGCUUCUGAGAUCAAGGUGGAAAUUGAAACAGAAAGCGAACAAACAUACGAACCUAUUUUGAACGUUGGAGAUGAAAAUAUCGAAGAAAGCGAGCGUCGCGAACAGUUUAUGAUCGAGGCAUAAGAGGACGAAGGGCGAAGACAUUUUUCGCAACUCGACGAUGCAACCGCAGAGGAUUUAUACAACUUUGAUGUGUCUGUUGCUCUAACGGAAAUACAGUUAGACGAAACAGACGCUGAAUUCACCGAAGCUAUACAAGAAAUUGAUGGCGAGAGGGUUUUUCCUUUUAGUCAGUGAGAGAUAGUGUGCAAGUCUAUAAAGUAAACGGAGAGACAAAACUCGUGCUGCGUUGACUAUUACAGGACGUGUUUUGAUUAUAUUACACCGAUUCAGGUCAGUUUGGCUACUGUUUCCUCUACUGAUGCUUUGUUCGAUGCUUUGCAUGGCCACUUUACACAACAUUCUGUCCAAGGAACAAUCAAGAUAAACUUUUAGAAUGUUUUUAUAUGGCUUGAUUCCUCGUUUGUGUGAGCAGCUAUAAAAUUGUGAGAACUAUAAAGUAGCAAAUAUAUUCCUGAGCAUAUUUGAUCGGAUUUUUAUAAAACACUACACCAGCAAAAUGUCGGCAUUGUUGGAAAAUGCUGUGAUUUUUCGUGAAGUUCAACCCUCGAACUCUGCACAGAAACUGUACGGAAAAUAUAGUUAAACUUUAUUUAACAGUCGGAGCAUUUUCCUACACCAGAGACUUUAUUACUAUUAAAGAUGCGGCAUGUACAGUCCAAUCUGUGCAUGUGCACACAGGAGUCCCCUUUUUAUUUACAAACAGUUUAGUUAGGUUUUUAUUUCAUUUUAUGUUCUUGAUUGUUUGAUUGUUGUCUCUUGAUAAUUUCUAGAAUCAUGAAAAUAUAACUAGUUGUGGAAUAAAAUUCAAUAUUUUGGAUACCGAAAUGUAAACAAAGCCUUUGUUUACAUACGGACUGUACCGCAUCUUUAAAGUAUAGCAUUAAUUAAUGAAAGGCAGUCAAAGAAAAGGCAUUGAGUGAUUGAGAAAGGGGAUGCAAUAACAUAUAAAACUUGAUAAACUUCUUAAUUGUUAAUGAUUGUCAGAAGUUCAGAACACUGUUUCCAUAAUUCAAUAAUUUUAUCAUAUAUUAUACAAUAAUAUUGUUUUUAAUUAAACCUUAUUGGCUAGUCGAAAUAGAAGUGAUUUGAUUAUGGUAAUCUGCCACCAUUCAGUACAGCCCUGCCCCACAGUAGGCGGAUCACACCACACUAAGGGGCGAUUACAUGGAGCACUUUUAACCACAGGUUUGAACUCGACCAUGUUUACAUAACUCGGUUGAAUAUUUUGCGAUUACAUGGACAAUCUCAACCCCAGGGUUGAAAUGCUAUACAUUCCCGGAAGUGAAAACAAAAACCAGCCUCAUCAAAUGCUUGAGUAACUCAUGAAUAAUUUCAGCCCUGGGUUGAAACGAUUACAUGAUAAAAUUUUCAACCCAAGGCGAAGUCCAACCAGGGGUUGAAAUUUAUAACUCUGCUAGCUGAAGCGGGGUUGAACUUGGCCCUGAAUUGAAAAUUUUGAAAUUGUGCAUUUGAUUUUGAUAGCAUUUUGUAUUACAGACAAGGGCGAGGGUUCAGCCCAGGCCUCGUAGGUCCCAACUGUAGAUCUGUAGGAGACAACCCCAGGGUUGAAAAUGCUCCAUGUAAUCAGCCCCUAAUUAACCCAUUAAAACUUUGAUGUACCCUGAUUUGAUUUGAUUUUUGUUGAAUACCAGAUAAUAUAAUAUCAUGGCCUUUAAUUCACCAAUCUUGGUAUGAAAAUCGAGUGACCACAAAAAAUAUUUACAUGCAAUAUACCACUUUUGGAACAAAAUAACUUAAACAAGCAUAGACCAUUUUCAUAUGAUAGUGAAAAACUUAAAGAUUUUUUUUGCAUUUUAAAUUGCUUUUUGAGCCUUGGACCUCCUAGGUUAUCUUGAAUUUCUUCUACUUUCCAUAUUUGCAUGUUAUCUAAAUCUGCCAUCAGUUUUAAUUUCAAUACUGGACACACCAGCCACCUCGCCAGCCACUGAACUAACGUGUGUAAUUCGAAGCUUGUAGGUUGUUUAUCUGGUAUUUAUACGUUGAGAAUGCGACGCUCAGCCUUGGGAACUUCGUGUUUAUUGUAGGUAAAUUUUCAGUGGUACGCUACCAGUUAUAAAAUCUUUCGUUUGGGGUCUACAGAAGAUAGAUAUUUAAUAUACAUGGGAUAUGUAAAUAUGCAAAUACAAUGCCCUCUUUGUUUACAUCUGAUCACACAAGCGCAUGCAUAAAAUGCAAAAUUUACAAUGGCUUCAAAUGACGCUCACAAAGGAAAAUCUUAUUUGUUUCUGAAGAUCUACCGUCUUUUCUCUAGUCCUUUAAAACAAUUCGAAGCCAUUCUUCGCGAGCAUUUCUCUUCUUGUUCAACAUCGGCUGUAGUCUCCUACGCAGACUACAUCGGCUGCGCCAACAACACUAAACAGGGAUUUUAAAAAUUGCAAAUUCACGCGUUCUGCUGGUCGGACAGCCAUACAAAGCACAAUUAGAGCCAACCAUACUGUUCAAUAUUACUUCAAACGUUUAACCGUAUCCUGACAUACUAAAACAACGGCAAAAAUACAAUUAUCCAAACGCGGUGUGCCGGUGUAUAAACAAAGCGUUCGUCCCCUCGAUCAUAAACUGUUCACGACGCUCGUUUUCUUCGAUAUUUUCAUCUCCAACGUUCAAAAUAGGUUCGUAUGUUUGUUCGCUUUCUGUUUCAAUUUCCAUCUUGAUCUCAGAAGCCCUCUAGCGCUUUGAAAUAUGAUCUUUUCUUGGCAUAUUAUGUUCUCACUCAUAUGUUUUCCUAAUCACUCAUCACAAAGCACCCCCUUUCCUCGUCACGUGACCAAAAAUAAAAAUGAACAAUAACAUAUUUGUCACGUGGUCCAGCUAGCCUAAAACAACAAAACGUCUUAAGCAGGCAGUAAUUUUACCAUGCUGAAACUGGCAAAACCAAGAACAAGUGCACUGAAGCGAAGUGUUAGCUACCAUGCCCGUGCUGCUAAAACUUGGAAUAAGAUUUCAUUUUUGAAAAUAACUCAUUUCUGAAUAAAUUUUCAAGUGGCUAGUAACUGCUAAAACAUCUUUUUCAAUUAUAAAGUAGUUAUAUAGAGUUUUGUUAUGGAAUAUUAUAAUGUAAUAAUGUCCAG